CCAAGUUCCAAAAAAAGAAAAAAAACUAAGGUAAGAGCAAAAAACAAAAACAAAAUGGAGACUGAAAAUUCAGUGCCAGUAAUUGAUUUACAGGAUUUUCCAAGGCAAUCAUCCAAGUUGAUUUGGGCUUGUGAAGAAUGGGGUUGUUUCAGAAUUUUGAACCAUGAUAACAUUCUUCCAGUUUCACUCAUGGCAGAGAUGAAGGAAGUGGUGAGGACAUUGUUUAAUCUUCCAACUGAAAUCAAGAAACGCAACAAAGAUGUAAUUGCAGGAUCUGGGUACAUGGCUCCUAGUGAAAAAAACCCUCUUUAUGAAGCUUUGGGUCUCUAUGAUAUGUCUUGUCCUGAAGAUGUAGAUGAGUUUUGUACUCAGUUGGAUGCAUCUCCACACCAAAGAGAGACAAUCAAGAAGUAUGCUGCAGCAAUUAAUGGACUAAUGAUGGACAUUCUGCGAAAGAUGAGUGAAGGGUUGGGACUGCCAAAUGUUUCCUUUGAGGAUUGGCCUUGUCAGUUUAGGAUUAAUAAGUACCACUUCACCCCAGAAGCUGUAGGUUCCUCUGGGGUUCAGACACACACAGACUCAGGAUUCCUUACUAUUCUACAGGAUGAUGAAAGCGUUGGCGGUCUUGAGGUCAUGAAGAAGUCUGGUGAAUUUGUAGCAGUUGAUCCUUGGCCAAACACCCUCCUUGUGAAUCUUGGAGACAUAGGCACGGUAUGGAGCAAUGGAAGAUUACACACAGUCAAGCAUAGAGUGAUAUGCAAGGAAGCAAAACUACGGGUGUCUAUUGCUUCAUUCCUCUUGGGACCAAGGGACACAGCAGUGGAACCACCACCUGAGCUGGUGGAUGCUGAACACCCCCGUAUCUAUGUUCCUUUCACUUUCACUGAUUAUAGAAAGCUCCGUUUAUCAACAAAGUUGCAGGCGGGGGAAACUCUUGAUCUUAUGCGCACUAACUUGUAAAACUUUGGCAAGCAUCUCAGGUCCUCCGUUAUAUUAAUUUACAGAAAUGAUCUUGAAAGUAAGAAAGAAUAUAAAUCUUAGUGGGAUUUCAUCUACUAUAUAUUGUCAACGAUCUAAUACUACAAUGGUAGAGCAUUUAUGCAUAUCAACAAAGCUUCUAUGAUCCAUCUUUGUAUUGUGUUCUUCUGUUAUCUAUUGCUUUUAUAAGAAUUGAUCUGGUCUUAUCUUUCAUUACAAUUUGAGAUCUUGGAAUUCUUUAAGUUGUAUG